GAGGGCGGGCGAAGCGGGACGGUUGGUCGCGAGCGGCGAUGGAGGCGCCGAGUGUGGAGCUGCCGCUCCUCAGGCCGUUCGGCUGUGAGUACAGUCUGCUGUCCAGGCCUGACGGCUCGGCCUGCUUCACACAAGGGGACACCACGGUGUUGGCCGCCGUGUACGGACCUGCCGAGGUGAAAGUCAGCAAAGAGAUCUUUGACAAAGCCACACUGGAGGUCCUGCUCAAACCUAAAGUGGGGUUGCCAGGGGUCGCGGAGAGGAGCAAGGAGCAGCUGAUUCGAAACACGUGCGAAGCCACGAUCCUGACAGCUCUGCACCCCCGCUCCUCCAUCACCGUCGUCCUGCAGGUCAUUCACGACGCGGGGUCCCUGCUCUCCUGCUGCCUGAAUGCGGCCUGCACAGCGCUGAUUGACGCGGGGCUGCCGAUGAGGAGCUUGUUCUGCGGCAUAACCUGCCUAAUUGACUCCGACGGGAACAUCCUUCUGGACCCAACAAGCAAACAGGAAAAGGAGUACAGAGCUGUUCUCACGUUCUCCAUGGACAGCGUUGACAAGAAAGUGCUGUUAUCUUCCACCAAAGGCUCUUACUCCGUAGAGGAGCUCCAGCAGUGCAUCGCAACAUGCCAGAAAGGGUCGGAAAAAGUCUUUCAGUUUUACCGGGAUUCGGUGCGGAGGAAGUACUCUAAGCUCCUGAACGAGUGAAACUGCGCAGCACUGAGAUCACCGGGGCCUGGUGUCUGUCAGCGUGCUCUCAACCUGUCCGCCAACAGUCACCCAGCGCAAGACAAACAGUGACCGAGCCUUUGACCCCCGUCCGUCUCUCUCUCUCUCUCACUUUAUGCCCACAGCGGCGAGCUCCUGAACUCACACCCUGAAGAGCGAGGCUCGGUGUCCCCUACGUGCGAGAGAAGAGGAGAUUGUUUGUGUGUUUCACCGUUCCUCUCUCUCCGCCCCACCCCGGCACGGACAGUCGGCAACGUUUCCCUGAACGAGGAAUUAUUUUGGAAGGAUGAAUAAAAUCUUUUGUUAAAAAAAGAGAGGCACGCUGGUUUCGCAUUGUGAGAGAGGCUGUUAGAGGAUUCCACAAGGAAUGAGGUACCUACAAGGUGAACACAGUGUUGACACCAGGGAUGAGGAACUUCAGUAAUGAGGAAAGACGAGAGAGGCUGAGAUUGUUCUCCUGAGAGCAGAGAAGGUUGAGGGGAGAUUUAAUAGAG